AUGGUUACACGAUACUGGCUCCUACCCAUAGUCUUGGUGCGGGUGUGUCUCGACACGUUUGUCGCUUCUCUGACGGGUCUUUUGAACAGGCCGAAAUGGCUGGCUUAUAAGAGAUACGUUAUUUAUUCCUUGGUUCGGUCUAUUAGACGCCACGAUACUAAAAGGUUACUGGGUACUGGAAGCGUCACAACUAUUGGGGCUUACGAGACUGUUCUGCGACGACAUAAGCUCGUUCCGGAUAUUGUGCCUCUGGACUGUGGGGGAAAUAUUCUCUGGCUGAAUAGGCCCGAGGAAAACAAUGGGAAGGUUAUGCUGUAUCUUCACGGAGGGGGAUACACUCUCCCUGCUUACGCUGGACAUGUCGAGAUACUCGUGGAUCAAGUGAAGAGGUCCCAAUCAAGGGGCCAGAAGCUUUCUGUGGCAAUGUUAGAGUAUGCGCUUGCGCCGACGGGACAGUAUCCAGUACAACUUCGACAAGCAGCAGCCGCGCUGGAUUAUCUUCUCAAGACGCUCAAUGCGGCUCCAUCAAAUAUUAUUUUGGCAGGAGACUCGGCAGGCGGCAAUCUAUGUCUGUCUCUCCUCUCGCAUAUCUCCCACCCGCAUCCAGAUUUAAGUAUCCCUCGUGUUGAUCUGAAGGGGGAGAAACUACGCGGCACACUCCUUAUAUCACCCUGGGUAACAUUUGACACCAGUGCUCCCUCCAUUUUUUCCAACAGAGAGACGGAUUAUCUUCUCCCGGAGUCUCUCCAAAGAGCGUCAAAGGCUUUCCUGGGGGAUGCGAAGGAAGACACCUACAACACCCCACUUGGUGCCUCUGUAGAGUGGUGGGAGGAUCUGCACAUACAGGACUUGGGCAUUAUUGUUUCCGAUUCCGAGCUGUUCUUCGAUGAUAUCAUGGCUUUUUCAGAGAAGAUCAAGGUACGUAACGUCGUGUUUAUAUUCUCCCUUCCAUUUUCCGUUUUGACAGCAAAGGCAGGCGCACAAUCCCCAUACGCAGGUACUGGUUGCUCCAGGAGAAGCGCAUGUGCAGUCCGUCUUCGAUAAGGAGAUGAAGUCUGGAGAACCAACUAGGUCUCUGGAGUACAUUGCCAACUGGGUGGACGAGCGGUUGGCAUAGAAAUAGCAGGACUUCUCGUGGCUUGACGACCAUCAUGAAAUACUGGGACUAGGAGAUUUAAAGAUCCUUUCACGUAGAAAGAACAUCCUGGUCAAUGCGGAUAUCAGCAUAUUUGAAUGUAAGACAGAAGUACCAUUGAGGAUCAAAAACGUGACUUCGAC